CGAGCAAAAAAAAUACAACAAAAAAAAACAAAAUUAUAUAUACUUAAUACACAUACAAUAUAAGCACAUUUAGCGCAGGCGUUGAACUAGUGCGAAACAAUAACAACAAAAAACUGAAAGAAAAAACAAAAGCGAGCGAGAAUAAUACACACACACACACACAAAGAGAGCGAGUGACUUGGGCCCAAGCCACAAACUGAAGCCCAGUGCAGCAGCCCCAGAAAAAGAAUACGAAUAAACCAAACUAGACGACGAAGAGCAGCUCGAGCGCGUCGAGCGUGCAAAUUAAAAGCGCACAGUAGCACGAAGGAAUACAGCACAGCACACAGCACAAACUGAAGCAACAUGGAAGUGGCAACAACAAACAAUCACAGUCAGAGCCAUCAUCAUAAUCAUCAUCGCAGCAGCAACAUCAGCAGUAACAACAACAACAACAGUGGAGGAGGCGGUUUUGCCGUUGGCAGCGGUUCCCGUUCGCCAUUUCAGCGCGAGGUGCGUGAAUGGCAACGCAUCGAUCCGGACACUGGAGCCCUGUUCAGCGGCCGCUUGGAGGCAGAUCGCUGGAUAAAUGGACCACUGAACAGCUAUGGCAAGAUAUCCGAUUCCCAAAAUAUCUCACAGCCCAAUGGCACACAGCACACACAGCGCAAACAGUUGGAGGUGCUGCGCACCGCCAAUGGCGCCAUGCAAGUGAUCCGCACACAGACAGUACAAAAGACAUCCUCCACAUCCCGUUGGUCCACCUCCUCAUCCAGCACCACCACCCGCAGCAGUGCGGCGCCCAUGGCGCUCUGGGCGUCCAAGCCAAGCCAAGGCGUUGACAUCUGUGAGCUUAGCGACGACGACGAUGACGACGACGAUGAUGAUCGUGACGCUGGCGUCGCUGUCAUCGUCGACCAUGAAUCGCCAGCCACAUCGAAGUCGAGCCACAGCUAUGGCCAUGGCCAGAAGGAGCUGUUUGAUGAUCAUGUUGAUUUUGUUGUGAUUAAUGGCCACUCGGACGACGCUGACGAGCGGCAACACAGCCAAGUCGAUGUCGACGACGACGACGAUGACGACGUACCUCAUUUGCACAAACUCGGCCACAAUUUGUUACCCGAUACUGCGCCAAGUUUGAAAUUGAGCAAUCUAAUGAAAAGCAGUUCGAGUAUCUCCAGCCAAAGCAGCAACAACUCAAAUUUAACAACUGCAGCGGCAGCGACUGUUGGCAACACCCUCAGAAAUGCGGGUAAAAUAAGCCUACAUGCAAUUGUUGGCCAGACGACAACAGCAGCGGCAACACCAUCCACAUCAUCAUCAUCAUCAUCAUUAUCAACGUGGCCCAAGCGACUGGGAAUGACGGAGCAGGCUGACUUAUAUGGCCAGAACAACAACAGCAGCAACAGCAAACGUCGCGUGGGUGUCCCAAGUGAAGCUGCUGGCGAUGCUGACGUAGCCGUUGUGGCCACGCCAACGCUGCGUCGUGAUUUGGAAAGUUUCCGGCAUUAUAACGAUGACGCCGCCACCGCCGCCACCACGACAACAACAACAACAACAACGAGAGGCGACAACGACGAUGAUGAUGAUUUGCGACUCAGUGCUCGCCAUCAGCGUCGCCAGCAGGUGUCCCAAUCCGUCUACGCCCCGCCAUUGCCCGCCAGCUUUGGCCACCUUGGUAGCCUGCAGCGUUCGCGUUCGAUAUCGACGGAUGAUCUCAGCAACGAUUGGCCCGAGGACGCCGAUGAACAGCCCUGCGGCGAUUGGCGACGUGUCAGCAAACUGCGACGCUCCUUUCAAUCCCAAGACUAUCACAAUAAAGUCCCAACUCGACCACGUCCGCGUCCCUUGGAUUUGCCCAGCAGUUCGGUGAGUGUGGCCCGCAUCAGGGAGGAGCUGGAGAACGGUCGACUCCUCAAAAAGGUCAUGCACAACAAUCACGUAGAUCUGGCAGCCCUCGACAGCAUUCUGAAUCCCAACACUGCCUCCACGGUCACGCAGUCUGCCAGCAAGCCGCUGGUGGCCAAGCGCAGCACAUUUCUCACAGCCGAAUCGCUGCAGGAGAUACGCGGCAAGCUCAAGAAACUGUCCGACGAGAGUCUAUACAAGGAGGACUUUCUGGCCCAUCAGACCAUCACGAAGCCAGCCGCCGUUGCAGUGCUGCAAUCCCCAGAACCAGCUCAAGUGUCGGCACCACCUUCCGCCUUUCGUGCCGUCCACAACACGCACAGUCUGGAGACGCGACAGCGGCCCAAAGACACCAGCUCCAGUGAGUGGCACUUGCGACGCAAGUCCUACGGCUUUGAGAAGAUGUCGCCACCCGAGAGUCGCAGCAUUUUCCGCGUAGAUGCUUCCACGGACAGCGGCUUGGGUCGCUCCGGUGAGCAGCUGGGCAACUGGUCACCCACCACAGAUCGCACUGCUGCCUCAGCUGCCAAUGGUGGACCUGGCUCCACCAUCAUCCACUUUGGACGUCAGCAAGCUGCGCAAUCGCCAGCUAGUCCCAAUGAAACCGAGCUGAGCAAGCGACACUCGAUUGCAGUGGAGGAAACUUGGCGCGACAUUCGCAAGACAUCGCAGGUGCACGUGAAUGGCGGUGCCGUGAACGGCAGCAACAGCAGCAACAACAAUAAUAUCAGCAGCUCCACACAGUUGCAGCGCAGCAGCGCUCAGAAGCGUGUGGAAUUCUGCAAGACAGAGGUGCAUUUUGCAGCCGAAUCAGGACGUGUGAAUAUUGUGGAAACCGAUGGAAAGCCGCCGCCCACGCAGAACUUUCGACGACGUCGACGCACAGCAAGCGGUCCACUGCAAAGUCUGGUGAAAUCGGCCAGUGUGACCAGCAGCAUCAGCAGCACAAGUACCACAAGCUCUAGCAGCAACAAUGUGACGCACUUUGGCGACGAUCCCACUGUGCGCAGCAAGCCAAUUGCCUCGAGCAAUGUGGCAUAUCGAGCAAUGCUCAUGGAUCCCCCUGAGCUGAUCACACAGCCUGUGGCUGGCAGUCAGGUGACGGUGAUAACGACGACACCGAAGCAGCCAGCAUUGGAGCCUCGCUACAGUCUGCUGGAGACGACGAGCUCAACGUCCAGGCAUAGCUACACUUCCACCAGUGGCGUGGAUACGACCGACAAUGAGACCGACGAGCUGGCCAACAUACGUGGCAUACUGAAGAACAAACCGAUUAAACCGAAACCUUAUCAUCUGGGCGAAAAUAUCGAGAGUGCCGAUGUGCUCUGGAGCAUGCCAGCUACGAUCAAAAGUGAGCGCGAGAGUAGUCCACCAAGCAGGGAGAGCGCCACUGGCGAUCACUCACCGAUCACCACCAAAUCGGUGGCCGAACGUGUGCGAAUUGUAGAGCAACGGCAACAGCAACCACAUCAGCAGCAUCAGCAACUACAACAACAACAACAGCCAUCGCCUGCUGGCAAUGGUUACUCCACAAAGAUCAAUGUGAGCCUCGGAGCAUCGGAGGAGUGGCUAGAAACAGGUUCAAGCUCAGGCUCAGGGCCAGUUCGUCGACGCAGCAGUGCCCAGGAGCUGCUGCUGCAGGACUUGCGCGUUCAUCAGCGCAUCCUCGAUGAGGGCCUCAAGUCCACAUCGCUGAUCAUGAAAACAAUGCGUUCGGCCAGCGAAUUCGAUGAGGCCAUGCGUCGUCUGAGCAUAGCUUCAAUCGAGUCCGCCCUAAUACAGCCCACAAUUGUGGUGCCUACGCCCAUGUUGCGCUCCCACAGCUAUCAGGAGGAGAGCUCGCGUCGUACCUCGACCACAUCGAUAACCAGCAGCGAUCUCUUUGGCAGCACCCUCUAUGACUCCUUGCCACGUACACCGCUGGCACCGCCGCGUCUCAAGCUGCUCGGCAACACGCAAAUACCCGUUAGUCAGCAGUUGAUGCAACUGCGGCGUCUCUACGAUGCCGCAGAGCAGGAGGAGGACAGCGCCGAUGAGGAGGUGAAGCGCUAUUUCCGCGAGAACAGCAACAGUGAUAGUGGAGGUGGCACUCAGGACAGCUCCUCGCCCGAGGAUGUGGUGCACAAGGGUUGCGAGUACUCGAGCAGCUGGAGCCGGCUGAAGGCCAAGCGCACCAUCUGGAAGAUCGAGGCGCAAGAACAAACGCUAAAGCGUGCAGAUCUGCCCAAGUCCAAUGUGAUGAACAUUGCGCUGCAUGCCCCACGGCUGCAAAAGCCAAAGCCAGCGCCUCCCACGCUACGCAUUGGUCAGCUGGUGCCUGUGGCCAAGCCUCGCACUCUGCUCGUCCAACCGCAGCCACAGCAACAGCCUCAGCUCACACAGCUUCCUGUGGAUAAUGGCGACGAGUCGGGCAGCGAGUCCUUGAAGAUUGUGAAGGAGGCUCGUGGCGCACGCAAGCUGCGUGAACAUGAGCUCUCCUACUUUGGGGUGCAACUCUCCGACACCCAGCCAAACCCCAAGCUGUCCACCAAUCCACGACGCACGCUGCCGUCACGCAGUAAGCAAGCAAUCCACAACGAGGAGGAAUCCACCACAGCAACCACAACGACCACCAAGUGGCAGUUGUUGAACGAUCGACCCGAUUUACUUAGACACAGCCCACAGGGCAACGACGAAAGCAACAACAACAUCAAAGACUACAACGAGGAUGACGAGCAUUGCUAUGAGAACAUUGCCAACGAGUUGACCACCACGUUCCGUGUGAAGUCGCCAUCUCCGAGCUACGAACGAAAAGCAGAUUUGCAGCGAGAUGCGCAGAUUCUUAGCGAGAUGACACGCAAUGCUGAUCAAACAUUGAAGGCACUCUCCGAUGAGGCUGCCUACAAGGAUCAGCGACGUAGAUCCUGCUCGCUACAGCGUCGCAGCGCCAAGCCUCUGGCCACCAUCGACGAGAAGGUCAAGACAUCGAGUGUGACCCGCGGCACUUUUGCCUCAGAGGCGCGUCGCAAUUCACGCCAAUCGACGCCCUCGCCAACUCGAGCACGCAGCUCAUCGCAGUCAUCCAUUGAGUGUUGUCCCCGCGAUCGCUCGCGUUCCAGUUCGCGUGAAUCCAUGACCCAAGGUGGCAACUCGUCCGACGACAAUCAACUGAGCAAACAGCGCGUAGAGCGACUGCGCAUGCGCACCCCGAAGCGAGAGAAGUCUCGCCACGAAUCAAACGAACAACAGCGAUCAUCACGACAGAGCAGCAAGCCACGCAGCAGCUCCAGUGCUGUCACCCAUCAUCACAGCAGCAGGCAUCGUGAGAAGGAGCACAGCAGCGAUCACUCGGGUGUCAAGCAUAGCUCGGCUUCGGCUGCCGUCGGUAGCUCGUCGGGUGGCUCGACACGAUUGCUGCGCUCAUCGCGUGUCAGCGAAGAGAGCCGACCACGCACCAGCUCUCACCGCACCAGCGACCUAGAGCGCAAUCGCGAAAGAGAGCGAGAGCGUGAACGUUCGCGCGGCAGUGAGAAGCACCGAGAAGAGCUGUCACGUUCACGUGGUCACUCCAGUCGCUCGAGACACAGUGAACAGCAGCAGCAGCAGCAGGCAGCAACAGCGGGUCACAAGUCGAGUAAAAGCGUUCGCAGCAGCAAUCACAACGACACUGCACACACAACGUCGUCGGCACACAGAAAGUCUGCGACUGGUUCUAGGACAACAACAACAACAACAGACAGCACUACAAAAAGCACAACAACGCACAAAGCAACCACAGCUACAGCUACAACAGCAACACCUACAACAACGCACAACGAACUGACACACGGUAAAAGCACACUGAAUGGACAUCAUCAUCACCAUCAGCAUCAUCAUCAGCAUAGCAGCAGUGGAGGCAGCAAGCAUCAUGGAGGCCAACAGCCUCAGCAUCAUAUGCACAGUCUGACCACAACGACAAUUGCGGCCACAAAGCAUCAACGCGAUCGCCAUGGCAAGGAUAGAAAAUAACUAUAAAGAAUGGGAAGAAAACAAGAAAGAGAAAGAGAGGGAACCUAUGAACGAAGCAACGAACUACUAAACCUAUACUAAAUAAUAUAAAAACUAACUAAGAUAUAUACAAUAUAUUCAUAUUUUAUGGCGUGCUUAUUUUUAAGGCGCUUUUACGAAGCCAACUUUAUGUGCAUAAAUCUGGUAAUUUUUGAAAUUUUUCUCACAUUUACAAAAAUUUCAAGAUAAUUACUUAAAUUGGCGUAUAAACAACAAAAAAAGUGUUUACUAAUCCCACUAUUAACAUUUUAUGCGUGCAUCUAUUAAAGCGAUUUCCAAAAGCAGUUCCUUCAGCACAUUCAUACAUACGAUAUAUAACAUACAACAUAUAAUAAUUAACUCAACUAAUUUAUACACCAACAUGUUUUGGCAUAAAUUCAAAAUUCAAGUAUUAUACUAUGCCAACCCUGUUACAAUAUAUAUCCAUAAUCGUACCUAACAUUUUGUUAAAAGAAAAACAAUAUUUGUCCUUUAUGUUUACAAACAUUCAUAAAUGAAAAAAUGCAUAUAAAUUUAAAUAAAUAACAAAUGAUACUCAUAUAUAUUCUUUAAUAGCAUUAAGUUUUGUAAUUUGCAUAUGCGAAACGAUUUUCAUUUAUACAAUAAUUUUUAAAGAUUUCGCACAAGAUUUAGAAUCUGUUUUUCUGUA